CCCCUAUGUGACUCCUGAGUCGUAGUCUACUUUCUUUCUUCCACAUCAAGUAUCCAGUCUCCAGUCUUUGAUCUCUCAUUAGAGAUUCCUACGGCUUGUGGCUGUCGCUUUUAUCUUCCAGCCCCCAUCUGUCCAUCUCGCAUCGUCCAGGGUUAUUCGCGCUUCGACAGAGGAACAAUUAGGAGUGGGUAUAUAAUUUCUUCUACUCAGUUUCUCGAGGGGAAACAGUGAUGGCCACGUCAGCAUGGCCUUCGUACGGUUCGCAGAAGUUUCCAACGGGGUAUUCGGACGUUGAAUCCGGCGGAGGCGACGUGUUUCAAGACCCGUCCCUGCGAUGGGCCUUCGUGCAAAAGGUGUACGGCAUCCUGUCCUUCCAGCUACUGCUCACCCUAGCGGCGGCGACUGUGGUGGUGAAGGUGGAAUCCGUGCGACUCACUGUCAUGCACUCGCCGCUGCUUGUCAUCGCCAGCAUGAUCGUCCCGUUCAUCUUGAUCUGUGCGCUCUCCGCCUACCACCAGCACCACCCCCUCAACCUGAUUCUCCUGGGCCUCUUCUCCCUCUCCUUCAGCGUCACCCUCGGCCUCUCAUGCGCCUUCGUCCCAGCCGCCAUCGUGCUAGAGGCCAUUCUCCUCACAGCAGUGGUGGUCGUCUCUCUCUCGCUCUUCUCCUUCUGGGCUGCUCGCAACGGGGAGGAUUUCUCCUGGCUGGGUCCCAUUCUCUUCACUGCGCUCUCCAUCCUCGUAUUCUCGACCAUCAUUCAGCUCUUCUUCCCCUUCGGUUCAUUCUUCACAACGGUGUAUGCGGCCAUCGGGGCCAUCAUCUUCAGCCUCUACAUCAUCUACGACACCGCCGCCCUGCUGCACCGCUACUCGUAUGAUGAAUACAUCUGGGCGUCCGUGAUGCUCUAUCUCGACAUCAUCAACCUGUUUUCUUUCCUGCUGGACCUGCUGAAUGCAGGCAGGGAUUAGGCAUAGCACCUGCAUGGAGGGCUCGUGUACAUAUCAGUGCUUUAAGGCUUGGUUGUCUAGUGUUAUUCGUACGAUGGGUACAUCUGGGCGUCCGUGAUGCUCUACCGCGAUAUCAUCAACCUGUUCUCUUUCCUGCUGGACCUCCUUAAUGCAAGCAGCAAUAAUUAGAGGUGCACAGGAGCUGCAUGGGGUGCGAAUCUUCGCACUUGUGUACGUCUGGGCGUCAGUGGCUCUCCACCUCGAUAUGCUCAACCUCUUCUCUUUCUUCUUGGCGCUGCUCAAUGCAGGCAGGGAGUAGACACAUAGCAUCUGCACCUGUAGCUGCAACUGCAUGCAUAGGGCAUGCAAGUGUUAGGAGAGGGUUUAGCUAGGUAGGAGAAGUUUAGCGAGAGAAAAGAGGGUCGACUACGAAAGAGAGCAGUACAAGAAGGGGGGUUGUCCUCUCUGCAGUAGGAUCCAGAAUUGUAGAAUACCUACCAAGCCUAUACAAAAGA